AUGACGAGACAACACUCGAUAGGCUCGUGGUGGGCCAUCGUCAUUUCACUCUUUUUCGCGACUGUCGCCCGUGCUCAUACUAUUAUCGUUUACCCGGGAUGGCGCGGGAACAACCUAUAUUCAAAUGGAACAGUUGAGGAAACAGAUGGGCUAAGCGUCAAAUACGCCAGCAAUGCCACUGGGGACAGAGAUUAUCUGUAUCCUUUCGGGAUGCAAUGGCUGUAUCCAUGUGGGGGAAUGCCCAUGUCCCAAAACCGAACAAAGUGGCCCGUAAAGGGUGGCGCGGUGUCGUUCCAGCCCGGAUGGUUCCCUGGCCACAAGACGGCACUCAUCUACAUUAACCUUGGUAUCGGAACUGUCCCGCUGAACAUGAGUCUCCCGAUGCUUUCUCCCUUCCAAAUAACCGGCCCUACGGUAGAGCCCUAUCCUGGCACGUUUUGCAUGCCGCAGGUCCCUUUGCCCCCUAAUAUCACCGUGAAUGUUGGUGACAACGCCACUAUCCAAGUCGUUGAAAUUGCUAAGCACGGAGCUGCAUUGUAUAAUUGCGUCGAUAUUACUUUCGCAGAGCCAGAAGAUGUUGAGCAAGUAACAAGGAGGAAUUGUUUCAAUUCCUCCCACCUAACCGCCCAAUAUAUUUAUACCGUCGAUGUCGAUAAGUCAGCAGCAGCUCACCCCCAGAUGAUAUCUGCCGGCCUCUUCCUUAUUCCGUUGCUGCUGGUCGGCUAUUUCGGAAAUCUGUUCUGA